AAAAUAUAACUACACCUAUAUAUAUAAUCUAUUAUCAGAUAAGACAAGUGUUUCAGAGUUCGAAGCAGGUGGAGCGCCACGUCGCGCGAACGCAUCAGUCAGUGUUUAGCAACACCGCCAAUCACAAUGGCCGCUCCUGAUGCAUUGCGCUGGGUGAAAGCAUGCCUGAGUCAGAAUUGCAUACCCCCAGGCGCUCUACUGGUGGGUUACGAUUCUGAUAAAGAGGAGAUUUAUGCAGCACGAGCAGAACACGAGGGCGACAUAGUACCAGCUAAGUUUAUACCCUCAAAGGGUGCCUGCUACAUCGCGUAUGAUGGUGAAGAAUUGGCCAAAGACCAAUUUGAGGUCCUUGUGCCCAUGGAGCUGUGCUGGCAAGAAGCAUACGACGGCGCAGUGCCUCCCAAUGCAGUAAAGGCUGGCUCCGCUGCUGAUGGGGAGGUACUAUAUUUCGGCAGGGUCUGCCACAACGCUGCUUAUAUUCCUGGCAAGAUACAUCCAUCCCACGGCACGUGUUACUACAGUUACGAUGGAGAAGAGAGAUGCAGCGCGGAGUAUGAAUGUCUCAAAAAGCACGAGACGUUCUAUGGGUGUCACAACCCGAGUGUUACAGACGCGGUCAACAUGAGAGGACGACCAUAUUACGGUUAUGGGAUGCCGCCGCCGCCGCCGUACGGCUACCCGCCGGCCAUUAACAUCCACAUGUAUCCCCAUCCUGGGUUUGCCCCCCAACCUGGGUACCCCCAUCCCGGGUAUCCCUACCAUCCCAACCUGUUCUACCCCCCGGGGGAGCCGGUCAAUGUGGUGGAACAGCCAUCAGAGAUCGUGCCUGAAUUACCUGGUGAAACUGUCGAGUUACCUUGGAGUACAUACAAGUGGGUACCAGCUUGCCUGUCGCAGAACAGCAUUCCUCCUGGAGCGCUUAGGGUGGGAACUGACGCAGAUGAUGCUGAGAUAUACGCAGGCAGAGCACAUCAUGAAGGCGAAAUCGUCCCAGCUAAGGUCAUACCCUCGAAGAAUGCCUGCUACAUCGCAUUCAAUGGGGAAGAGAUUCUAAAGGACCAGUUUGAGGUUUUGGUGCCAUCGAUGUUCUCGUGGCAGUUUUCGUCUGGUGGAGAAGUGCCGCCUGGUGCUGUGGAGGCUGGGGUCACAGCUGAUGGAGAGAAGCUCUAUUUUGGAAGGGUCACGCAUGAGGGAGGCGUCACUCCCGGCAAAAUCCACCCAAGUCAUGGCAAUUGUUACUAUGCUUUCGACGGCGAAGAGAGAGUUUCUGCAGAAUAUGAAUGUCUAGUUCUUAUAUAAAGUAUGUUUUAACUGUAAUAGGUUUAAUAUAAGCAAGUCAAAAAAUGUUAUUGUAGCUAGGUAGGACUUUAUUGUCACCACGGAUGAUAAAAAAACACCAUGCUGCAUUGCUGUCAUGCCACUAUUGGGUACUGUACUAUAACACCUCUCCUCCCUCCUUUAUAGAUAUCCUCACAUAUUCCAUUUAAAUAAUUAAACAAUAGAAUUUUGGUUUGUCAAAUUAAUUUAUUUGCAAAAUACAAUAUAAAAAACUAACUAUUCCAAAUAGUAAUUAAUUAAUUAAUUAUUUCUUUUACAAUUAAAUAUACAUACAGUUCAUAAAGGAUUCACUUAUUAUUCCACCUCGAUUUCGCACGUUUUUUUUUUCAAAAUAAAAAACAAUUCAUAUUACUCGCUGACAAUGUAGCUUUUCAUAAGUUAAAUAUAAUUAAAAAUCUAUUUUUUGAAUUUAUUUAUUACAAAUAUAAAAAAAUAUUCCUCUUUAUUUUAUUAUUUAAUUAGAUACCUCAGCGAAUUAUAAUUUUUUUGAGUACCUUGCAUUACGCCAUGGAGGUCUAAUUUUGUUUCAUAUAUGCCGAUAAUAAAACAACUUUUGGAAUGUACAUUGUACGAACCUAUGUCAUUAUUAUAUAGGGGUAUGUUUUUUAGAAUUAAAAAAGGAAAAUUUUAAAAUAUUGUUCAUAUAUUCAAGAUUAGAGUUUAUGCGUAAAUGGAUACCUUUGAAUGUGUUAGAAGUGUGAUAGUAUGAAUU